AAUCCAUAUACUUCUUCUUCUUCUUCUUCACCUUAUUCAAGAAAAUGGACAAAGUUAUAAGAAUGUCCUCCGAAAAAGGGGUGGUUAUAUUCAGCAAGAGCUCUUGUUGUUUGUCCUAUGCGGUUCAAGUUCUCUUCCAAGAUCUUGGGGUUAACCCCAAGAUUCACGAGAUUGAUAAGGACCCCGAAUGCCGGGAGAUAGAGAAGGCACUAAUGAGGCUAGGGUGUUCAAAACCGGUCCCAGCUGUCUUCAUUGGUGGCAAGCUCGUUGGUUCAACAAAUGAAGUAAUGUCGAUGCACUUAAGCAGCUCACUUGUUCCCUUAGUGAAGCCAUAUCUAUGUUAAACAACAAAGAAGGUGUUUAUAUAUGAAAUUAAUUAGCUAUGGAUAUGUCAUUCAAUAAGGAAGAAAAUUGAGC